CAAAGAAAAAGAAGAAAAAACACUACCAAAAUAAACACCAACCCGUAGAGACAAUAAUGGCAAACAAGCUCGUUGCAUUGUUUCUUAUGUGCAUUGUGGUCGUUGCAGCAUUCAGCCUCCACGAGGCUACCCCCCAGGCCGACAAGGACAAGUUCAAGUCAUGCUUCAACACCUGCAAAACAGAAUGCAUUGCAGAAGCCAAUCAUAACAGUCUAUGUGAAGUCAAGUGUGAAAAUGAGUGUGAGGAUAAGGAACAAGCUGAAAAACUUAACAUCAAUUUGCAUUGAGCAAGAGCAAGAGCGUAAAAGUCUUAUUCCAAAGGAAAAUACAGGGAAGGAGAUAAAUAAUACCAUAAAGUUGUGGGGAGGAGUUGCAAAAUUUCUUCCCCUCCUAAUGUAUUGAUUUGCAAAAUGUAGCUGGAACAUGCUAAAAUAAUUUUGUAACAGCCAUUUAU